CUACUAAAAGGUUGAUGUUACUUUAUUCAAGUAUUUUAUGUCAGCAGUAUAUUUUCAGACUGUAUUUCUUUCUUAGAGAAGUGAAGGUUUCACUUUCUGUAUGGCUGCUGCAGCGUGAUUCUUGUAGGUCAAACGCGUUCCUCAGACUGCUGACUCGCGACAUGAGAUCACAUGAAGGGAAAAAUACUUCUGGUUGUUCUUAUAUUAUGGCCAGGCGUGUGUCCACUGAGAUCCCAGGAAUUACACGUCAAGGCGGGUGAGAUGGCGGUACUGCAUUGCCCUCUUUACAGAGGAUACAGUGACAGAGAGGCCGAUGUGUUCUGGACCAGUCACACCAGGGAUAAGACGAAUCUCUUCAACAACAUGUCGACAUCAGCUGAGCGGAGGCAGAUGGGUGUGCAGGUUCACGGAAGAAUCCUUGUUAUUCUGAGAGCCUCCGUAAACCAUCAGGGGAAUUACUCGUGCUCUUUUCGGGAUUCCAGCAGGCGGUCCUGGAUCAGUCUCAAAGUAUACACCGCUCAGUCCAGGGAGUAUGACGAGAUAACCCAGUAUAAGAAAACAUGUUACACAGAGGAGCCCUGCACUUUGUAUUGCCCUGAUGAACAUAUUCCUGUUGAAACCCUGAAUAUCAGCAGCAAUAGCCUUACAUGGCACAAGGAGGGCGAGUCAUCACCAAGUAACGAUUACUUCUCAAGUGUGAAAAAGGAGGACAGUGGCAUCUAUACCUGCACCUGGUCUUACCUGUAUGACGGUCAACUAUAUAACAUGACAUCUACAAUGAACCUCGAUGUCCAACCAAGCAAAAAGUCUAAUAAAUCAGUGAUCAUUUCCCCAAAGGACAACCAGAUAUUUGAUGUAGAUUUAGACUCGACGGUGGUGAUUGACUGUAAAGCUGUUAUGUAUUCAGAGUUUGAUGAGCUAUUCUGGUUAAGUGGAACUUCAUUUGUAGAAAAAAACAGCAGUCUGCCAGUUUUCUAUAACUAUACCAGUGUCAGUGACACGGAGGAAACCAAUGGGACAGCAUCUCUAGUCUUCAGAAGAGUGUCAGAGGAUGAUCUGUCAACAGAGUAUACCUGUAAACUGCAAUCUGACUAUGAAACGAGUUUUGUGACCAUCACCCUAAAACAAAAAGCUCCUCCUUCCUCUCUCUCUGUGGCUUUAUGGAUUGUGGCCUUUGUGCUGGUGGUGAUGAUGGUGCUAACAGUAGUUAUUUAUGCAAAGUUUAAAAUGGACAUCACUCUUUUCCUGCGAGACAAUCUUGGCUGCUGUCGCAGCACCCCAGAUGGAAAAAGCUACGACACCUGUUUGAUGUAUUACAAGAGCACCACAGAUGCAGGACUAAAUGAAGAUGACAGAAAAACACUGGAGAGCGAAAUGAAGGAGAGAUUUGGUUACAGCCUCUGUCUCUAUAGUCCUGACAUUGUAGCAGAGGAAGGACAGAGGCUGUUAGACUGCUUAAAGCAGAGCCACACACUGGUUUUGGUUCCCUCCUCUGAAGAUUCAGGUCCAGGAUCUGGCCUGCUGAACGUCAUCCAAGCGCCCCUCAAAGAGCUGCACACUCACGUGGUUUUCAUCCAGACUGAGACUGCAGGAGGCUUGAAUACAAGUUCAUCACCAGAGGCCUUACAACUCUGCAAGGCUGCAGACUGUGUCACCUGGAAGGGCAAAAGCUCCUUGCUGCCUUCCUCCUCCUUCUGGAAGCAGCUACGCUAUUACCUACCUGCCCCACAGGGGGCACCAAGACUUUUACCAUAAGUAUAUAAUGCUUAGCAAUGUCAUAGGUACUGGUAUACUUAGGGUACAUUUCUGGAUAUUCUUAUCUAUAUCAGAUGUCGUGAUGUCAUUGUGUUGCAAGGCAACCAACUUGCAACAGGUUAAAAUGAUGCAUUUUUAGCAUUAAUGCAUCAGAAACA